ACCUCCUCUCUACUAACAGAGGAAACGAGCUUUGGAAUAGCGAGCGUGGGAUUGGAGCGAAGGAGCUGUAACAAGACACAGUGCCGGACCGUGCUACAUGCCACGCCUAUAUUGCUGAAUGUUCACGAAACAAGAGGCGAGAAGCACUCCCCAGCCCGAGGGAUAAUCGAGAUUGAUAUAUCAGCGCCGGGAGACGCGCCCGUCAGUGAAGCCAAGCGACCAGGAGUCUGCCGAGUGACUGUUGGAUGGCCGAUGUGAUGAAGAUGCAGAGUCGCAUCUCAGGUGCUUCCUCAGAAGAAUGGACAUGGGAGGUCCUGAUCCGGAGAGCUAUUACCUUAGGUAUCUUGGUGCUGGUCACAUUCUCCACCUCAAGUGGACGUGCGGCUCGCCCGCCAUCUCGCCGCUCAAUCCAAUCUGCUUCGUCCCGUCCAUGGCGAGCAUGCACGCCAAAGGCUAGGCCAGGCCAGGCCGCACAUCACGUCUCUUUCGGGGAGGCCUCAAGUCCAUCCCUUGCUUGUUCUUGCUUGUUCCGGUCGCACCACCGCCGCCCAAAAAGGCCACAGCUGCUGCACCACUGGCAUGAUGCUAAGCUGUGAUCCCCGUACAGGCAGACGCAGGCUGCUGCCCAGUUUUCCGCAGAGCCAAGGGCACGCACAUCUCACCA